AUGGCUCCCAAAUUGUUGUGCUUUGGGAAGAAAAAGAUGCCCUACAAGCUGUACUAUUUUGACGGUCGUGGAACGGGAGAGGCGAUUAGACAAGUGUUCAAACUUGCCAAUGAACCCUUCGAGGAUAUCCGUUUCAGCAUGGAAGAAUGGCCAAAACAUAAGGAAGCAAUGCCAUUUGGUCAAGUACCCGUCUUGGAAGUCGAUGGGGAAAUGAUCCCUCAAUCUGCGGCAAUUGGUCGAUUUGUGGCUAGGAAAUUCGGCCUCGGUGGAAAAACUCCCGCCGAAGAAGCAUGGGUUGAUGCAAUUGUUGAUCUCUUUAAAGAUCAUUACAAUGAAGUGAAAGAUUGGUAUUACACAGCACUCGGAUUUAUGAAUAAAGGCGAUAAAAAUGAACUCUACAAAUCGGUUUACGAGCCAGCUCGAGAUAAAUUCUACACUUUCCUUCAACAGAGACUCAAGAAAAAUGGAACCGGAUUUUUGGUUGGAAAGUCAGCAACAUGGGCUGAUUUGUUGAUUGCCGAUCAUAUGUUGACUGUCAUUCAAUUAAAGCCUGAUGCACUCAGCACUUUUCCGGAGAUGCUCGCAUUCAAACGCCGCAUUGAGGAGCUUCCACAGAUCAAAAAAUGGAUCGAAACCCGCCCGAAAACUCCAUUU